AUGGCGAAACCCCCGGCGCUCGAUCCAGCCCUCGCUGUGGCUGUGCGUCAUCUGCUGCAGAUCUGCUUUCUGGUGGUGCCCGCGCAUCUGGAAAAGGAACGGCCUGCGCUGCUUGCGGGUCUCCUCGCGAGCGUGGCCCAUGGAUCACCCAAGCCCGGCCGAGUUUCGCGCCCCGCGCCGGGUAGUGCGGAGUCCGAGACAUCCCACCCGGGCGUCCUGCGCGGCUCAACCCCGCAGAAACCUGCCGGCAAGAGACCCGCUCGGAGCCCGCCCGGAUCAGGCGUAUUCGUGCUCGCGAAACACUCGCUCGCGGACCCUUGUGCGAUUCCGUCCGCGCGUGAGAAGGUUACCCCGCCUUCGGCCUGCCAAAAUGCACAGGCGCGCCGUUUCGGGCAACCAGCGCCGCUCCAGGCCUUGGGCUGGGUGGCGUUGUUGGAGGCUGUCCGGGCUCGAGACGUUGAGAUGCGACGCGGAAAGGAUGUGCCCUCGGCGGUGGGCGAGAGCGUAUUGUAUUGCAAGGAUCAGAGUCCCCCUACCCCGCUCCGGAGGGUGCAAACAGCGGUGGGGGAACGUCAGCCGCCUUGA